GAUUAGACCACCGCAAAUAACACACACCAGAACAGGGUCAUUUUUAACAAACUCAUUUAACAUCCAGGUGAAAGUGACCUCCGGUGGACAGAACCGGGAUUGCUUUAAAAAUGGCUGAUUUUGUCAGAAUAAAACGACAUCAUGCAACAAGCAAACAAGGAACCCUUAUUUCCUGCCCCCCUUAUGAGCAAAUACAUGCAGAAGGAGAAACUGUUUCAGUUUAUCCAGUGGAAAAUACAGAAAAGUCUGAAGUGCAUUAAAGUGGAAGACUAUGUCUUCUGGCAGAUAAUGGAAUUGUUCUGCCGUAAAAAUGGAAAAGUGAUGAUGUGCGAAGUCGCAGCCAUCCUCUUGAAAGGCUACGGCUUGCUCCGGAGGAAACUAGAUAAAGUCAAAGACGCUCAGAGAUGGAAGGAGUGGUGCCUUCCUCUGGCUCGACUUCUGUUCUCCGCUGCACCGGAUGACGAGCACAGAGAGGCUGUGAUUAAGAUGGGAGAUGAUCUCGCCUCCAGAAAACUGAUCUACCCGGCGCAUAUCUGCUACGUGGUGGCGAAACUGGAGCUGGGGUCGCGUAGACACUUCCAGUUGAUCGGAUACUACAGUGUGCCAUUUGGCUUGUCAGUCCUGGCUGAAGCUGUUAUGAGAACUGAGAUGUAUGAAUACGUGCUGUGGCUGACCUCAGGACAGGCCCAGCCAAGCUUCCAGCUCUUCAAAUUAUGCCAGGCCACCAGGCUGGCCAAUGAUGAUCUGGAUCUAUCAAAUUUUUCUGCUGAUGUCUUUGAAUACUGUGAGGUCAUCACUAGGGCAGUCAUCGAUUUCCCUGACAGAGUUACAAGGAGCUUUAUUGAAUGGCUUCUUUUGCUGUCUUGCAAACUGCAAAAAGACAAUACAGAAGAACCUGAGUGGCUGCUAGAGCUCCGGCAGCUGCACAGAACUAAAUUAGCAAACGCUAAUGUCAGUGAUGACCCAGAGCAGCACAUGGCGUCUACCAGCCAUGAUGUGGUUUCUGAGAUUCAGCAGUUGGAAGGUUGCUUGCUGAAUGAGCCGAUCCCUGAACUCCAGCCUCCGGAGCAGCUUGCUGAACUGGAAGCGGCGUUACGUCUGCGGUACAUCAGGGGAAAGCUGCUGGGGAAGGGAGGCUUCGGUGAAGUCUAUGCAGGAACCCGGAUCGCCGAUGGGAAAAAGGUUGCCAUAAAAGUUGUUGACAAGGACACCAUCUUUAACAAUACCAUUAUCAUUCCCGGGGAGACGGAGGAGCUGCCUGCAGAGGUGGCGCUAAUGGUGAUUGUGUCCAAGCCACCUGUCUGUAGCAACAUUGUGGAGCUACUGGAAUGGUUUGACAUGGGCAAUCGGAUCGUCAUGAUCAUGGAACGGCCCAGUCCCUGCAUGGACCUCUGUGACUUCAUUUUUCGUAAUCGUUGUUGCGUAUCUGAAGCACAGGCUCGAUACAUCAUGGCGCAGGUGAUUCGGGCGGCUCGUCACUGCUGUGACCGUGGAGUGUUACACCGUGACAUCAAGGCGGAGAAUAUCAUCAUCAAUCCCGACACUUUAGAAGUCAAACUGAUUGACUUUGGCUGUGGGGAAUUGCUGAAGGACACUCCCUACACAAAUUUUACAGGCACUGACUAUUUUAUACCUCUUGAGUGGCUGGUCACUGGAAAGUACAUGGGCGUUCCUGCUACCAUCUGGGGUCUGGGCAUAUUUCUGUUUCAGUUGCUCAAUGGAGAAUUCCCCUUUAACACAGACUUUGACUAUGCUAUGGGGUACCUGGAAUUAAGCCCUGACUUGUCUCAAGAGUGCUUGCAGCUACUAAUGUGGUGCCUGGAUUUCAACCCUGAAACAAGGCCAACUUUCGAGCACUUGGCCAGGCAUGACUGGUUUACUGGAGGCAGUUCAGGACAGAGUCCAGAUGCCUCCUGAAACCAAAGAUCUCAUAACACACUAACACACACACACACACACACACACACACACAGGUUAAAAAUUGAUCAAUUUAAUAUAUAUAAUAAAUAUAUUAAUAAGUAAUAAUUUAGAUAAAUAAUAAUAUGUUAGUGACAAGCUAGUGUCCUCACAGAGAUUGAGACGUUCACGUUCAAAAACCCCAAAUCUCCAUCCUCUCAUUGUUAAUGUUGAUGCCGCUGUUUAUUCUCACGAUGAGAGCGAAUGUGGUGAUCAUGAAUGUAAGUUCAUUUAAGAGGGACUCAUAUGGCGUCUAGGGUUUUCUGAUAUUGGGCUGGAAAAUUGGAGGGGGGGGGUAAUCUGUACAUUUACUGUCACUGUACCUUCAUAGUAGUAGCUGCCUGUAAUUUCACAACAAUGUGCAAGCUCCAAAAAUGCCUAGCUGUCUUAGUGCUCCAGUGUUGAAGCACAAGAUCAUGCCAUGGCAGAUGCUCGGUGCUGUGGCUCUGGUUGUCUUUUCAAUAUUUUUCAGAACACCUCACUUCUGCGACAGCGACAGGUAAACCAGGAUUCUGCUGGUGGACUCAUUGACAUCCCAGUCGGUCCAGUCGGAAUUGGGGAAGUCGAACAGACCGUGUGGAUCAGUGGAAGGCCGGACUGCAGAAGACCAGUACACUGUUCAUCCUUGUGUUCCUGUGAUGCUGUUGGUGUGUCCUACCUCAGAUCUCAGGAGUCUUCUGGACCCUAAAACCUGCCAGAGAGGCCUUGUAUGAACUCGGAUUUUCAGAUUGACAAAUAAAACACUGUGAACUGGAACCAGUCUCACCUGCAGUCUUAUUAAACAGAGUUUACAAAAAUAUUUGUUAAAACUAGUCUCCAUCACAGUUCAAUGCACUGGUUAUAACUGAUUUCUUUGAUUUCUUUCUCACCAACAAUGAUCAUUUUUUGUUAGAAGAAACAGUAUAUGCUAUAGAUGUUUGAAGUUAUAUAUGUAAACAGCUAUAUACAUUCAUUCCUGUCAUUUUUACUGUCUUGAGGUUAUGACGAUAGUUAUGUGGAGCUAGUUGUGUUUCCAAAACUAAAAGCCCACAAAGCCCCAUCAUCUCUAAUCUGGCUUUUGCCUUUUUAAAUGUAAGCAUUUUUGGGUUAUGAAAUCUUCUACCCAAAACAGAUAUACUUCCUGAACUCAUCUGAAUACAAAUCAAACACAAAAACAUGGAUUUAAUUCAACUAUCUAUGAAAUAAACAAAACAUACAAUUUUCAUUUUUUUUCUCUUCUUUUCAUGCUCUAUUAUUUACACAGGGUUAAUAAUUCUAGUGUUUGGCAGGUUGGUGUGGAUUUAUGGUAACUGAGGUUUAACUUGAUUUUUUGCCAGUGAAUGUGAACAUAAUAGCUCUGGGUCUCUAUAUUAAAUAUAUCUAACGUGCAUAUUGUUCCUUCACCUUUUU